AUGAAAAUUGCCCUCCUCCUCCCCCCCCCUCCAUGCCCUCCGCCACCAUUACCGCCAUCUCCACCACCAUCCCCGCCACCUCUGCCACCAUCACCGCUACCUCCACAACCAACACCACCACCUCCGCCACCAUCACCGCUACCUCCACAACCAACACCGUCACCAUCACUGCCACCUCCAACACCAUCACCAUCACCGCCACCUCUGCCACCAUCACCGCCACCUCCACAACCAACACCGUCACCAUCACCGCCACCUCCAACACCAAUGUCGCCGCCACCGCCAACACCAAAAUCACCGCCACCUCCACAACCAACACCAUCACCAUCACCGCCACCUCCAACACCGUCACCAUCACCGCCACCUCCAUCACCGUCACCAUCACCGCCACCUCCAACACCAAUGUUGCCGCCACUGCCAACACCAAAAUCGCCGCCACCGCCACCAAAACCACUGCCUCCACCAAGACCACCUGCCCCAGGCAAGUUUGAGAGCGAGCGAAUUAAACUUGCCUACUAUGUGUUUCAAAAUUUCAGACCCUUAAUCAAGGAUGACCCGAAAAACUACGCAAAGUCAUGGCGGGGCUAUAAAGUUUGCAAGUACAAGGGCGUUGUCUGCGCUAUGCAUCCUGACUACAAGCAGCAAGCAGUUGCUGGUUUGGACAUCAAUGGCGCUCUGUUUGGCGGUUAUAAUGCUACACUCCCCCUGAAUGGCUUCCUUGACAAGUUAGAGGACUUGGCUUUCUUCCACGCAAACUCCAACAAUUUCACAGGCUUUGUCCCAAAAGACGUUUCCAAACUAAAAUUCUUCUACGAGCUUGACCUCAGCAACAACAAGCUAAUCGGAGGCUUCCCUAAUGAAGUUCUUAUGGCCACAAAUUUGACAUUUUUGGACCUCCGGUUCAACUCCUUCGUAGGUUCAGUCACACCGGAAGUCUUCAAACUAGAUGUUGAUGUGCUCUUCCUCAACAACAACAAUUUCAGUCAGAAGAUUCCUGACAAUCUUGGUUCCUCACCAGCCCAUUACUUCACUUUUGCUAACAACAAGUUCACUGGUCCAAUCCCAAGAAGCAUUGGCCAAGCAUGCAAAACACUUUUUGAGGUUCUCUUCCUUGGGAACAGCCUUACAGGGUGCCUGCCGUAUGAAAUUGGGUACUUAAACCAGGCCACGGUGUUCGAUGUGAGCUCCAACUUCUUAACAGGCCCAAUACCACACUCAUUCAGCUGCUUGGCCAAGAUUGAUUAUCUAAACUUGGCCAACAACAGCUUCUAUGGACCAGUGCCAGAGCAGGUCUGCACCUUGUCUAAUCUGAGGAACUUCUACUUGGCGAACAACUAUUUCACAGAGGUCGGGCCAGAGUGCAGGAAAUUGAUCAAGAAGAAGGUUCUUGAUGUUAAGCAGAAUUGCAUUUUGGGCCAACCAAACCAGAAAACAAAGGCUCAAUGUACUGCCUUCUUCUCCAAGCCUAGAAAGUGCCCCAACGAGAAGGAAAUGACCUACGUGCCUUGUAAAAGAUACUUGGGUUCAAAUGAGAAGAAGCCUGAGCAUCAGAAACAAGCUUCUGCCCCAUUGUCUUAUGGCAGUCUUGUGCCACACAGGCUUUGA